AUGGCUUCAAGUUCAACUGCUAUUGGGAGCCCUUCGGCUAAUCAAUCUGUUGAUCAAUCUGCUGCUGAGAAUUCAGGGAAGAAUAUUGCCCCAGAAUUUGCAUCAACUCAGGGAGAAAGUUCAGAACCAUCAUUGGUCAGGGGAUCUGCUUCAGCUUAUAGUGGAGUGAAUAAGGUCAAAGACAGUGAUCAUCUGUAUACCUCAUUUGGCGCCUAUGUCAAAACGAGAGGUCGCUCAGGUAGAUAUGCUGAUGAAGAGGAGGCUGCAAGGGUUCAUGACAUUGUCACUCUAAAGUGCUCCGGAGCAAGAGCAAAAUUGAAUUUCCCGGCAAGUCAUUACCGGGAUAUAAUGAGAGUGACGAGGGACAUGGAUGAUGAGGAGUUGCUGGCUCAUGUUAGAAAGUGGUUCGCUCACAAGGCAAGCAAGAAACGUGGACAAUAUGUCAGGACUUUUGGCUCUGAGGAAGAAGCUGCAAUGGCUUAUGACAUUGGGACAAUCAAAGAGAAAGGCUGGAAUGCACAAACAAACUUCAGCCUAGCUCUGUAUGAUGUCGCCGGAAUUUGGACAGGAACCACAAACCCACCAAUCACUGAAGAAGCUGCCAAGUACCUUCAGCAGGCAACAAUGUGCAGGUCUUCGGGAGAAGCUCAAGGCCACAGUUCAUCUGGAUACCAUUCCUUGCUGCACCAGGUUCAGAUACCCUUCUUCAGAUACUCGCAGACUCUGAUGCACCUCCUAUCUGCACAUCCGAAUUCGCAAGCUUACAAUGUGGUUGAUUCCAGUGCACAAAACAUGUUUUCGCAUUCCAGCUCCGGCCCCUUCAAGCCUUAUGUCAAAAACUAA